GGUAGUGAAAAUCCUCUUAAUUAUUGAACUGCACUUUACACUACUAUUGUUGACUAAGCGCUGACUGGCCAAUAUAAAGUUCCUGCACAACACAAUUCUCCAGCUUUUUCUCUCUAGUGAUCUUCAAGGUUUUCGAACAGUCUAAAUUGGAUAAGAAAACAAAUGACAAUGCUUAAGACUAGAUCAGAGGAGGAGGUGGUAAUGCUCGUGGACGCGGAGGAGGAAGAGGAAACGGAAUCCGAUGAAGAUGAGAGUGAAAGCGAAGAAAUAUCAAUAAUGCAUUAUGCAUCAUCACAAAAGAUAUUAUUAGUAGGAGAAGGCGAUUUUUCGUUUUCCCUAUGUUUAGCCCGAACAUUCGGGACAUCGUACAACAUAGUCACUACAUCUCUUGAUUCUCUUGAGAUGUUAGGAAAGAAAUACAGCAAUGGAGUAGAGAAUGUAAGGGAAUUGGAAGAGCGAGGGUGCAUAGUAAUCCAUGGUGUUGAUGCAACCGAAAUGAGCCAACAUUACUUUCUUUCUACUCAAAGAUUUGAUAGAAUCAUCUAUAACUUCCCUCAUGUUGGGUUUAUGUUCCCCGAAAAUAGUUCGUGUCAAAUCGAGAUGAACAAAAGGCUUGUGACAGAGUUCUUAAGGAAUGCGAAACUACUACUGACGAAAUCAGGAGAAGUACAUGUAAGCCACAAGGAAGGACAGCCCUAUAGCCAGUGGAACUUAGCCAAGAAGGCUGAGACAAUUGGACUUAGAUUCCACCUUAAGGUGCCUUUUCGGAGGGCGGACUACCCUGGAUACUCGAACAAGCGUGCUGAUGGUUUCUUCGCGGAUGAGUCCUUCCCGUUGUUCCCUGCUUCCACCUUCAUCUUUCACCUUGAUGACAUCUCUGCUUGAGACUUAUGUCUCCAAAAAUGGUUUUCUGCGAUGCAGGUUUCCGUUGUCCUUGAUGAGGUUGUUUGUACCUUCUGGACGAUGCAGCUCUGGAUCGAGCCAAAGGACGCAAUUUUCUUUUCUUUUCUAUUUCUUAUCGACUGUACAAGAUGGGAUUUGAUCAUUUGCAUGAGCAGACACUAAUCUUAUUUGAAAUAUUGUUGAAUGUAUAUAGAUCAUUGAUCAUUGACCAUAUUAUCUCAACUUAUCAUAACCACAAAAUCAAUCUCUCUUCUUACGUAA